AUGGCCUCCAUGUUUGUGGUGCAAGGUGGUAUUCAGCUUCGAUUUCCUUCUGUUAAGCAUAUUACAACUGAACAGCUCUAUUCGUGGCUGCAAACACAAAGUCAUUCUAAUAUGAAUGUUAUGUUAUUGGAUAUCAGAGAAGAAAAGGAGUACGAUAUCAGUCAUAUUGUAGAUGCAAAGCGGGCGGAAUUAGAAAUUACUGAUUUUCAACAAAUUCAUAAAGAAAUUGAAGCCUCAAAUAACGAAAAUUAUGCAGUUGUAGCCUAUUGCUCGGUUGGUUAUAGAUCGUCUGCAUUCGUGGACAAGCUACAACGAUACAUUUCAAAUACUCAAGAUGAAAAAAAGUAUAAUAUCUACAAUUUAGAAGGUAGUAUUUUCAAGUGGGCAAACGAAGGGCGAAAGAUGGUCAAUAAAUUUAAUGAUUUUACAAUAUACGUUCAUCCAUAUAAUUUGAUAUGGGUAUACUUAUAUGCUUAUAAUACUGCACAUUUGUUAUUAAGCAUAUAA